AAUGCCAAAAUGAAGAAGAAAUUUUAACAGAAAUUUCUAAACUGAUGGGAAAUAUUGCAAGCUUAAAUUUACUAGAUAAUAUAGAGGAUUUGAUAGAUACUCAUGAACAGAUAAAAAAUUUACCUAAACAAUGGGAUAUUAGAAAAAAAAUUGAAAAUGUUAAUCAAAUAUUAAAAAAUUUACGAGAAUUACAGUUACCAAAUUGCAUGAAUAUUUCUGUAAUUUAUCCAAUACAAAAAGGAGGAUUUGCAUUAGCAUUAAUUAAUAAGGAAAUAUGUCUUGUACAAAUUUUAGCAAUUUAUUAUCAUACAUUAACUAGAAAUAACUAUUCAUAUACUGAAGAAUCUAUAAGUGAUAUUAAUUUAGUUACCUUUAUUUCUACUAAA